AUGAAGGAAACUGAAGGAGAGCUGAUGGUUGAGUCGGAUGGGCUUGCGGGCGCCGCGCACCAUGGCUUCGCUUUUUUUUCCACCCCCGUCGAUAUCGACGUCGUCCUCGACGACCUCGAUGAUCGCCAGACUGUUGAUGUCAAGCUCGACAAGGGCCGCCGCGAGCGGGUCCCCUUGUACAUGGACGGAGAGUCCGUCAAGGGUGCGGUGACGAUCCGACCAAAGGACGGAAAGCGAUUGGAGCACACCGGAAUCAAGGUGCAGUUCAUUGGCACAAUUGAGAUGUUCUACGACCGAGGCAACCACUACGAAUUCCUAUCACUCGUUCAAGAGCUCGCCGCGCCCGGCGAGCUGCUCCACCCGCAGACCUUCCCUUUCAACUUCAAGAACGUCGAGAAGCAGUACGAAUCAUACAACGGCAUCAAUGUAAAGCUGCGCUACUUUGUUCGCGUGACGGUCUCGCGCCGCAUGGCCGACGUCAUCCGCGAGAAGGACCUCUGGGUCUAUUCGUACCGCAUGCCACCCGAGACCAACAGCCCCAUCAAGAUGGAUGUUGGCAUUGAAGACUGCCUGCAUAUCGAAUUCGAGUACUCGAAAUCCAAGUAUCACCUUAAGGACGUCAUCGUGGGUCGGAUCUAUUUCUUGCUCGUGCGACUCAAGAUCAAACACAUGGAAUUGUCGAUCAUUCGGCGGGAAACGACUGGAUCUCCUCCUAAUCAAUAUAACGAAAGUGAGACACUUGUGCGGUUUGAGAUCAUGGACGGGUCACCAUCGAGAGGUGAAACCAUUCCCAUCCGCCUGUUCCUUGGCGGGUUUGAUCUGACGCCCACUUUCCGCGAUGUUAACAAGAAAUAUUCGACACGAUACUAUCUCAGCCUGGUGCUGAUCGAUGAAGAUGCCCGUCGUUAUUUUAAGCAGUCCGAGAUUGCCCUCUACCGUCAAGCGCCCGAGAUUGCCGCCACGCCCCAGAUUGCGCAGCAACAGCAAAUUCAGCAGCAGGUUCUCCUACAACAACAACAGCAAGCCCUGCCUCCAGGCUCUGCUACGGCAGGUCCUGGGCGAGAGGUGACACCGGCCCAGCCGGCUCAACAACCCCAACAGCCGACUCAGCCUGUCUCGGCCCCGGCAGCGUAA